AUGGGAACACAAGCACCACUGGCAACAGAUCCAUCAACACAAUCACCAUUAUCCACAGAAGAUCCAUCAACACAAUCACCAUUAUCCACAGAAGAUCCAUCAACACAAUCACCAUUAUCCACAGAAGAUCCACCAACACAAUCACCAUUAUCCACAGAAGAUCCAUCAACACAAUCACCAUUAUCCACAGAAGAUCCAUCAACACAAUCACCAUUAUCCACAGAAGAUCCAUCAACACAAUCACCAUUAUCCACAGAAGAUCCAUCAACACAAUCACCAUUAUCCACAGAAGAUCCAUCAACACAAUCACCAUUAUCCACAGAAGAUCCAUCAACACAAUCACCAUUAUCCACAGAAGAUCCACCAACACAAACACCACCACCAACUGAUCCACUGCCUAAGCACUACUACUAA